GACCGAUCGAAUUCAAUAUAUGGUAUAUCGUUCCCAAGCACUGUUUGAUGACGAAUCGUGUGUGGAAAAACAUACACAUACAUUAAUGUAAAGGGACAUCGCUUACUAUUAAGUGUUCAGUGUUGCGUUGCUUGGAAACCGUUUUGUUGUAGGUGUUGUGUGGACGAGAUACGGGUUGCAACUUUCGGGUAUAAUGUGGUAUAGGCCUCGAAUUUUAUUCGGAGUUCUCUGUACGUGAAUAAUAGUCGUGUAUCGCGACAUCUACGAAAAUCGGAUUAUUGACCACACGUCGCUAUAAUUAUAUCAUUAAUUUAUUAUAAUCUAUAUAAUUAAUUAUUUUAUGUUCAACGCGGUUAUUGCAGCGGCUUGAUGUUUACGAUAAGUUUUUAUUGUUAACGAGUUAGUUAAAAUGUCCAAUUUUAAAAAGAAAUCAAAGGCCAAUAAGCACAUUGUGACGUCUACGGGACUAUCAUUGCAAGGUUCUCAAAUUAAUCUUUCAACCCGUCUAUCGAAUUUAAACAUAUCAAAUCCUUUGCAUUAUUUGUAUAACGAAAACGUUGAUACUCCAUCCCGUGGAAGGCCGAUGUCUGCACUGACACUGAGUGCUACAAAUCAGGAAUCACCACGUAGGACAAGACUAGUCAGACGUCCCCAGUCUGCAGAUACAAUAAACAAGAUUACAAAAAGCCGACACAUUUCGUUUGAUUUCAACGAUCAAAAGAUUGACACGGAUAUUGGAAAUCACGAAGAUCGGCAGGAGAACGCGUUUGACGAAUCGGACGGGGCCGAACUGUCGUCGUCGAGCGACGGUCAUUCGACGCCCGUUCCCCCAAACGACGGCAGUGGUGGUGGUGGAAGCGGUGGCGGUGAUGGCGAUGGACAGCCAGCGCUCGAACCAGGCUUAACUUCCAAGCCACCCAUACCACCCGGAGGUAGCGAUGCGCACGUAUCGGAAACGUUCGGCCGGGCGGCAAACGGUUCUACGGCGACAUUCGACGAUGCAGUGGAACUCAAAUUCCAGCGCUGGUUCCCUAACUCGGCACCGGUUCUAGUUCCUGCACCAAUGCCCACCACUGACGUAUGUGUAGGAAGCGUGGCCAGUGAUAGCGUUACUGAUGGCCGGACCGUUGCGUACGCGAAGAGUGGUCGCGGUCAACUGGACGAGGAACACCUUUACUCGAACCUGAGUGCGGCUAUCGGUAGUGCUGGCGACAGAUUCGGCGGGUCGGUGUCCGUGGACUUGUCCGGGGCGCUACGUGGUGCCAACAUGGAUGGCAGUGACCGAGGCCGAACGCGGUCCACCACAAAGCUGAAGAACAAGGUAAAGAAGAAAAUCGUACCGGUAGCGACGCCGGCGGUCGGUCACAGAGCUAAACACACAAGGGAUGCGAUAAAAUCAAAGUCCGUCGCGUCCGUAGCUGUACAGCCGGUCGAAGCGGUGGUGCCUCGGAACGAACAACUCCCGGAAAGACAGCCGGAAACGAAGAGAGACCGUUCGAAGAACGCUGACCGUUCACCGGUGCAAGAUUACGCGAGGGAAGACGUGGUCUCGUGGAUGUCUAGUCACCUGCAAAGGCCGUGCACGCCGUCCGACUUUGACGGCGAUACACUCGAUGCGUUUACCAAAGAAAAACACAAGACGUCGACGUACGACGAGAUCGUUAAUAUUCUUAAAGAACUCGAGUCUGAAAAUAACGAUAUCGACAUGAAUGUCAGGAAAAGUGGUGUUACAGAUAAUAAUAAACAUCAAACAUUAGUACCAGAAUCUUCGUCUAGUUCAAAGGCAUUAUGGUCAUUUUUAGAUGAGGUAGAGAAAAAUUCGAAUUGUCCAUCUUUUUCCAAAUCACCUAAACACAAAUCACCCGUUAACUUGCCAAAUACUCCACCAUCAUCACCAGGUAAAAGAAUUGUAGAUGUAAAAAAGGGAAAUCUCCAACAAGUUAUGGAUCUUGACAAAGCAGAAUUGGCUCAGAAAGUAGCUAUGCUAAAAAUACAAUUAUCAGAAAAAGAGGAUAUAACUGAAAAAUUAAAAACUAAUAUAUCUGAACUACAAGCGGAACACGCUAAAACUAAAUCUGAAUAUGAAUCCACUGUAAUGAGACACCAAAAGUUCAUCGAUAAAUUAUUGAACGAGAAAAAACAACUAAGUGAAAGUUGUUCUUUAACUGUAAAAGAACUGACCAAAAAAAUGAAUGAUGCACUUACGAGCCAAGAAGAACGACAUAGAGUUGAAUUAAAAAAAGCUAUUGACAAACAGACAGCAUCUGAAAAAAUUAAAAAAGAUCGAUGGGUUGAUCUUAAAACAAAAAAAAUUAAAGAGAUGACUAUUAAAGGCAUUGAACCUGAACUUAAUAGAAUGUCCGUAGCGUAUCAAGAAGAAUUGUCAGAACUUCGAAGAAUUCAUCAAUCACAAAUUGAAGAGAUCGAAGCAACAUGGCAUCGGAGGAUGGCUACCAUGAGGGAUAAAAUGGAUGCAGAACGCGAACAAGCAAUUGUGACUGAAAGAGAAAAUUCAAGAAACCGUUUGGAAAUGGAAAUUGCUGAGCUUGAAAAGAGUUAUCAAGAUCAACGUAAACGACUAUUAGGUGAAAUUCACGCAGAAAGAUUACGUCAAGAAAGAGAAAAUGAAGUAACACUAAUGGAAAAGCAAAAAAUCCUUGAACAAAAGUUUGAAAAAUUGGUUUUAGAGAUGCAGGAGAAGAUUAAUAAAAAAGAGCAAGAGUUUCAAAACGAGUUAAAAACAAUACGAGAAACUUGUGAAACAGAAAAAACUAAAUGGAUACAACAUCAAACGUCUAUAUUAAUAGAUAAAGAAAGUAACAUCAAAGAAAUGUGCAAAAAAGAACGAGAUAAGCAUAUUGAAUUGGUUGUUCAAAAAUUAGAAAACGAAGCUUCUGAAAGAGAAAAAAGUUCAGAAAUGAAAAUAAAACGAAUAAAAUCUGAGUACGAGGCAGACAUUCGUGAAUUAGAAAAUACCAUAUCUGGCCAUCGUAUGAAAUUAAACGAAGCUCGUACCAAAGCACAAGAGUAUGAAGAUAAAAUAGCAAAUCUCACAAGUGAAUUGAAUAAGUGUAAUGUUGAACAAAUACGAUUACAAGAGUUGGUUUCAAAACUAAAAAAUGACCUUGAUGAAAAAGAAAAUAUAAUAAAAGACGAGGCUGUCACUAAAAUCGGAAUAUUAAAGACAGAAUUAAUUCAAUCGAAAUUGAAUUUUGAAACUAAAAUGAAAACUAUUGAAAAUGAAAAAGAAAAGGAAAUAAAUCACGUUUACGUUCGGGUAAAAGAAGCAAUUAAACGAAAAGAUGAAACAAUUAAUAUAUUAAAAAGUGAACGAAAUGCUGCCUUAGAUCAGUGUAGUAAUAUGGAAAGACUUUUGGAUCGACAGAGAAAAGAACUUUUGAAGCUCAAAUAAUUUAAUUAUUGCUAAAGUUAAAUUAACUCCUUAUUUUCAUUUUUUUUUUUUUUUUUUUUUAUAGUUAUACGAAUUAUUUUUGAAAAGUAUAAAAUAAUGAUAUUGGAGUCUAUGUAAUGAAUACACAUUUUGCUGUAUCAUCAUAUUUAUAAUAAUAAACACUAGUUUUUACUAUUAUCUAUACUCGUAUAAAGAAAAUGUUGGUACAGGCAUUGGUAAUAACCAGUCAGGUUAGUUAGUUUAUACGGUAUUUUCAAUUAAAGUAAAUUAUAAUUUGUUUUUAAUAUUGUUCAUUCUUAUCCAUACAAAUC